GCUCUGGAUUUUGUAUUUGGACGCGUUGGUUGUAGUAGGUACAGUAAAACACCAUUUACGUGUGUUUCAAAAGACGAUACGCAAAUAAUGUGAGUUUUUGAAAAUAUCCCCGUUAGUGUGGAUACAUGCUGUCUUUGUUAUGUGGCGUGAAUCUCUAAGUUGAACUAAGCAAACUCUUUUACCCAGCAACAAAAAAAGCUAAUAAAUGAUUGGUCCUGAUAGGGUUGUAUAACCGGUUUCUCAAGUGCCACGAAAUACUUUCGUUUUAGUUUAGCGCGCUAAGCUAAGUCGAGCGGUCGUCAUAAUCAUGAAGCUUCUAGCAUUUUUGCUAGCCCUGGCUGCUGUUUACUUGGAAGUGGGCUCCAAGUUCAGUCAACCAAAAGUUCAGGUCUACACCUACAACCCAGCAAAGUUUGGGGAGGAAAACACGGUGAUCUGUCACGUGAGCGAAUUCCACCCCCCUGACAUCCACAUCAAGUUGUUCAAGAAUGGAGAGGAGAUCGGCGAGGCCGUCCAGACAGAUCUGAGCUUCAAGAAGAACUGGCACUUCCAUCUGACCAAGCACAUUGAGACUACACUUGUGCGAGGAGACAAGUUCAUGUGUAAAGUUCUUCACGGGACGUAUUCAGGAAAAGACUUCGACUGGGAGGCUAACAUGUAAGAGGAGGUCCAGUGAUCAGUGAAGCAAGAGAGAUACAUCAUCCAGAAGAAAUAACACAGGAAUUUGACCUUUUAGUCGUACACAUAUUGUAAGACUCGGUGACUGUUGUAGGACAUUAAAUGGUUUUUACUUGUUUGUCUUCCACCAUUUAAAUCACACCUUCGAUCAUGUUAAGGCAACUAUCACUUUUUCUAUAUAAAAUAAGGUCUGGGUCUAAUAGUACGUUCCAUUAACCUCGAAAGUUGGAGGUCGGAGCUCGGAAUGACGGCACAACCGAGUUAGAAACGUUCCACUGCAACCACGAGUGAUGUGCCGUUGAUACUGAAAUAUCAAUAAGUAUCGAUGCUUUAAUAAUUUGAUAGCAUGUAUAUAAUUAACAGAAAAAAAAGUGUAAAUAACUAAAUCAUUGAGAUCUUGACUAAAUGAAACGCAAUUGGUGAGAAAUACUUUUUUUUCCGCAAAGGUAAAUACUCAAUGCGCAUGCGCAGAUGCACACUGUGCUGUGCUCAGUCAUUCAGUCUGUCAUUUGUUUGUUUAGGAAAGUUGCUUACAAUUAAAAUGAUUUACUAUGUAUUAUUAAACAGCAAAGAUAUGUAUCCUCUUGUAGUAGGCUAUUUGGUGACAAAACAUACAGAGUUCAAUAUAAAUAAGUUACGCAUUCAGUGCAGAAUAACGCCAUUAUUUGUUUUUGCAUGUGAUUUUAUAUCGUUUGAUGAUGACUCCCCAAAAGCAGCAACACUUGAAAUAUACUGCUUGUAAAAUUUAUUACAAACAACUUACGGAAAAAUAUGCACGCCUUUUGCAAUUGUCAAACAUGGCGGAUGAAGAGGAAACACAGACACCAUUGAUAGCAAUGUAGAAUGUGUAAAACACAUGGAAAAAAUGUAAUUUACACUACAGUAAUAUCACCAUAUAUACAUGUCCAAGAAUAAAUUGUACAAACGUUUGUAUAUGGCUGGUUUACUGUAACAAAAAAUACUCAGAAGUACUAAUAAUGGAUAUUACAGGAGCUUUUAAUUGUUUAGAAUCAGAGCAACCAUCUUUGAAGCCAACACGGUUGGUGAGGACUCUCCGACUUUGAGUAGGAUAUCCGACCUGUGGGGGGUUCCAGUUAAACAUUUCCAACUGGGACCUCAAAAUUCAGACUUUCCAGUACAAAUGGAACGCACCAUAAGGAAACAGUUAAAUAUUAGCCAACAUAAUCAGUUUGGAAAACAAGUAACACACAUGAUCAGUUUGUUUUUGCACUUUUGCGCUGUUCUAAAUAUCUUGAUUUGUAAAAUAAACACAACAUUUAAAUAAUGUACUUGAAUUUUCCAAUUAUUACUUUUCUCACCUUUCAGCAGUGUUCAAUAUACAUAUACAGUGUAUACAGUAUAUAUAUACUGUAUAUACAUACAUACAUGUAUGUAUGUAUUUUUGAGAGCCCUAAUAUAUAUGUAUUUACUAAUUGACAUUAUAAUUGUGUAGUGGUCUUCCAUUAUUAUUAGUAUUAUUGUCACAAUUACACAGUCAAGGCGUUACCUGGUAUGGACAACCCACUUGGUCUGGGAGAACAUAAAAAGGGCAUAUGUGGCUGUCGUCAGAAUUUUCUGUAAGCUCAGCAGGGUGUACAACUUCCACAGAAAGUUUCAAAAGGAAAGAAGGCAAAAUUAGAUGAUCUGAGUGUAGAUCCCUGUUUAGCUUAUUUUUAACCCCUCUGUCUCAAAUGUAAUACUUCUCUCAGUACAUUUUAAUAAGUAUACCGUGCACAGUGUUGUGUACUUAGGUUGCAACCAUUUAAUUGAAAAUACAUACUGUUGCAUCCAUCAGGUACUGGAAAAAAUGUAUAUUAAAAAUCAUCGCAGGCCGCUUUUACACAGUGACUGAUAUCACUAUCAAAUACAACAGAGAUCGGACCAGACAAGCUCUGCUUCUUCCGAUCCCUUUGGUAAUAAUUCCUUUAAUUACCAGCAAAAUUGUGUGCUUGUACAUUUUUAACAUGUUACAAAUAACAUUGAUUUAUAGAUGCGGUGUACACUGUGUACUUCGUCCAAAAUACAUUACAGUAAUGUCGUUGCACUCUUACCGGAAUUGACUAUUGUGAUAUUACGUGCUUGAUAUUAUUCUCUCUUUUUCUUAAAUAAGGGACGGAUUUAAAUCCUUAACCUAAGUUUGUCCCUAAUUUUAAGGGGUCCUACGAGCUGUUUGAAAUUUGAAAAAAUUCUGACAUGUUUCCAACUUGUGACGUCAGCGGAUAUCUCCCUAUAUGGUAAAGUUUUACCCCAAAAGCUUUGAGCGAGUUUGCCAUUGUAGUCCGACGCUCUAUUCAAUAAGGUCCUUAUUUUUCUUUAUCCUCUUGAUGUGAGGCAGACUGGCUCGUACAUGCACAUGCAUGGGCGUAGGAACGGGUUCAACAUGGGGGCGAUACAUACACUCACAAAUGUAUUGUAUAUCUACAAUUUUCCCCAGACAGUGCAUGUUGUCUGCUUGUUGACUUGCCAAAGCACUGGACAACUGUGCAUAUAUAGGGUGACUUUCUUGUGCAUGUCAAUGUGUAUGACUUUUUUCAUGUGCAUUCAAUUUUUCGAUAGCUUUUUUUUCUCAUUUCUAAAUCCAGAAAUUAUAAAGGUAGACUCUGAUUUUACAGAAAAUAGUGUGUUUGUCCUGGUUAAUGGUCUUGCAAGAAAACACAAAGUUACCAUUUUUAAUGCUGUAAGGAGUGCUGCAAUGAAGCCAGGGAAAGUCCCUGUACCACUUUUCCUGUAAACUUUGUUUUGUUUCACAGAACUUGAGUUUGAAUAAAAUGUGGGUGUGGCUGGUA